CGCAACUCUUAUUUGGCUCUCUUAAUCUUAUUUCCUCUCCUUUCUUCUUCUCAUAUAAUUUUCUCUUUCUUCUCUCUCUCCUUAAAGCUUCAUUGGAUCAUUAUUUCCAGAGGAAUUAUCAAAAUCAUCGUGUUGGAUCGAUCGGUUGUAGAUAUAUGGAGCAUUGAGAUAUAGCUGGUACUACAAACAAGAGAGAUUUUUUCUUAGAAGUAUGUUCUGUUGUGGAGGUGCAGAGGAGGAAACCAGUGGUCCCCCAGCAAAUCAAUAUGCCCCUCCUAGAGGGAACCCUUAUGGUGGUGCAGGUGAAAGAGGAGAGCCUAGGGGUUCCAAUACGAUCAAAAGUGGAGCACCACAGAAGGUGUUACCUAUUGAAAUACCAUCCAUGUCAUUGGAUGAAUUGAAUAGAGCAACCAGUAACUUUGGUUCCAAAGCUUUGAUUGGAGAAGGUUCUUACGGCAGGGUUUUCUAUGCAAAGUUGGGUAAUGGUCUGGUUGCAGCCAUUAAAAAGUUGGAUACAAGUACAUCCCAAGAACCAGAUUCUGAGUUUGUGUCACAGUUAUCACAAGUGUCAAGACUAAAGCAUGAGCAUUUUGUGGAGUUGCUUGGGUAUUGCUUAGAUGGAAACAACAGGAUUUUGGUGUAUCAAUAUGCAACAUUGGGUUCUUUACAUGACAUAUUACAUGGUAGAAAAGGAGUACAAGGGGCUGAACCUGGCCCUGCUCUAAAUUGGAACCAAAGAGUUAAAAUAGCCUAUGGAGCAGCCAAAGGCCUAGAAUUCCUGCAUGAAAAGGUGCAACCAUCAAUUGUUCAUCGAGAUGUCAGAUCCAGCAAUGUCCUACUAUUUGAUGACUAUUUUGCUAAGAUUGCAGAUUUCAAUCUCACCAAUCAGUCAUCUGAUACCGCUGCUAGAUUACAUUCAACUAGAGUCUUGGGAACAUUUGGCUACCAUGCCCCAGAGUAUGCCAUGACAGGACAGAUAACUCAAAAGAGUGAUGUUUACAGUUUCGGAGUUGUUCUAUUAGAACUACUAACAGGUCGAAAGCCGGUAGACCACACCAUGCCUAAGGGACAACAGAGUCUUGUUACUUGGGCAACUCCAAGACUAAGCGAAGAUAAAGUCAAGCAAUGUGUUGAUCCAAAGCUAAAUAACGACUUCCCACCAAAGGCAAUUGCUAAGCUAGCUGCAGUAGCAGCACUGUGUGUUCAAUACGAGGCUGAUUUCAGGCCCAAUAUGACAAUUGUUGUGAAGGCCCUACAACCGCUUCUCAACUCAAAACCAGCGGGCCCAGACUCUCAAGCCUAGAAUAACUUCAUACCACUCUUUCUUUCUUGUGCAAUAUGUAACUUUUUCUUCUUUUCUAUUGUUUCUAUUCCUUUUCCCUAAAGCUUAUUUCUAAUAUUCUCAUAAGUAAGUUUUAUAGAAGGGUGCCUUUUUUUUUCUUAAUAUAUAUAUACACUAUAAUUUUUUAAUAUUAGUAGAUGUUGAUCUCUGAACUAGUGAAUUGUGUCGGUGGAAACCAGUAAGGUUGAUACAAAUUUAGGCUGUGUAAUGAUAAUCAUAUACAUGGCUAUUAUUAGUUACUGGUU